CGCCCUUCUUGCUUCCUGGGGGUGGGGGGAGCCCGGCCCCAGCAGCGCGAUCGGGACAGGGCGGGCGCUUCUGCUGCUUUUGCUACCGCCGCCGCCUCCGCUCGCCGCUUCCCGCAAGUCCCCGGGACCUUUCUGGCUCCUUCAUCCCCUGGCUCAUUCGCCUGGCGAGGAGGGGGACCGAAAAACACGCGAUCGCCGGCUCCAGAGCGCAUGGAAGCGCGGCGCGGCGCUGCUCGGCCACCACCAUGGACGGCUACCCGGAGCGCAGCCCCAACGGUGAGCUUGUGAUUUAUUCGGAUUUUAUUUUUGUUUUGCCCCGUGCAAAGAUCCGACGCCCUCCAUUUCCUCCCCGUCAGGGGGAACUUGGGGAACAGGAGCGCGGAGGAGAGUUGCCUCGCGCCCUGACGCGAGGGGGCGCUGGAGAGAGGUGGGGCAACAGAAGCGGGGCGAGGUUGCCAAGCGGGUUGAAACGGGCGCAGCGCGAUCUCUCCCCGCGACGUCCUUGCUUCCCCCCACUCCCGGAUGAUGUCGGGUUGGGAGAGCAGAGGACUGGAGAUCGCCUCCGCCCCGCGCCCAACAACACAAACGCGGAUACUUGUGGCGUAAAAACAAACAAACAAACACGUGGGUGAAGCUGCAACCCGCGUUCAACGUCCUGGAGAAUUUAAAAGGCACACAGCAAGCCUUACAUCGGAGUAAACAAACGAAGGAUCGAGUUGUCCAGCUUAUAAACUUAGGCAUGCUCACUUGGGCGUUAAAGCUGAACGCGCUUACUGAGUGGUAGACCCCACAGAACACAGUGGAUUUGAUAUUAUUAUUAUUAUUAUUAUUAUUAUUAUUAUUAUGCCUGCUCUGCUGCUUUUAUGGAAUAAACAAGCAAAGAAUCCAGCUCCCCCAACUUGCAAUUAUUACUCCUUUCCAAGCACCUUAAAACCACUAGACUGUGAUUUGCAGAUGUACAAAGUUUCAGGGGGCAUUGCGUUGUUGAGCAAGGGCAGAUUCUGUUGCUGUUAAGGAGCUCGGAGGCAUAGGGUGAGAGAGAGUCGUGUGCCUAGUGCAUGCAGUGUAUGGUUGCAGAGGAAAUGUGGGUUGGUUUGGUGGGAAGGGUUUGGGAAGUAUGCACUGUGUGAAUCUCUCCCCGGGGGAAGCAGGAGGUUUGUGUGUGUGUCCCUGUGUAAAUAUACUACGUCAACAUAGGAGGAGAAAAGUGUUGUGUAUGUAUAUGUGUGUGAGAUUCUGUGAGCAGAGUUUCCACACUGGAAAUAACAUGCAGCCUGUGUGCAAGAGCAUUGUGCAUAUGAGGUUUGCCCAUGUGGUUUUUUCCCUUCUUUAAUCUGAGAAGCAUGUGCAAUUGUCUUGUGGAUGCAGAUUUCCACAGGUUUACAGUCAGUGUGUUGGAAGACUCUGCCCACUGUAGUACCUGUGGUUGCUGGACUACAACUCCCAUCUACCCCUGAUCAUUGGCCAUGCUGGCUGGGGCUGAUGGGAACUGAAGUCCAAGAGCGUUUGUAAGGUCUGCGAAAUGUCAGUGCUUUUAAUAUGUGAUCCUGGUAGGUUGGGACAAGAUUGGUCUAGAACACGGUACAGGGAAACUGUGACCCUCCAGAUGUUGCUAGACAUCUACCAUCGGCCUUGAUCAUUGGCCAUACUAGUGCGGACUGAUGGGAGUUGGAGUUUAGCAGUAUUUGGAGUUGGCACCAAGCUUUCCGACACACACACACACACACACACACACACACAAAAUACCCUUUCCACUUCUCCCCCAGUGUUUUGUUGUUUAUUAGGCAGCAAUGUCUACACGUGCACACUCCCCUUUGCUAGAAAGACAGGCUGCCCCCUCCCUUCUAAAGCUAAAUAGCGUCAAUAUUUAUAAUGCCUUCUAAAAGCACCAAAAUUUCCCCCCAAGUUUGUGCAUGAUAGAAUCUUUAUCCCUGCAAAUCUACAGUGGUUUUUUCUUCCUUCUGUUCCUAGGCAAAGAACCUGUAGGGAUUCGUUCCCUGCUUGGGAUACAUUUUUGCAUAUAAACAAAUUCACUCACACCCUGACAUACUUCUCAUUAGUCCUGAGGCUUAGAGGAAGCCACAUAUUGCAACAUCUGGAGUCAGAGUGAGUAGAGCAGGACAUGACCAGUGUGGAUGUGGGGCGGAGCUUCUACGUUUUAUGAAAUCAGGAGCCACCAAUUGAGUUCAUCGCUUGCCCCCAAGCAUUUAAAGCAAAACCCACCUCAAGAAAUAUUGAGAACUGUAGUUUGUUAAGUGUGCUGGGAAUUGUAGCUCUGUGAGUUCCCAGGAUUCUUUUAGGGGUUUAUAGUGUGCAAUCCUAUCUGUUUCAUCUUUAUUUGUUGAGUGAGACAUAAAAGCCCACCCUGCGUUUAGGGCCUGGAGUGAGCAACCCUUUUGAUUUUCUAGGCCACUUGUCUUUUUUACAAAAGCAAGUAUUACUUGUUUAAUCAUAUUCAUUAUCCCUCCCUGUCCUACGAAGAGCUCAGGUCUGCUGCUUGUCAUAUUAUCCUGCACAACAACAGCCCUGAGAGGUAGGUUAGGCUUAGAGAAAAUGACUUGAGCACGACCACCUAGUUUGCUUCAUGGCUAAGUGAAGACACAAAGCUUUUUUCGUUUACCACCCUUUGACUAUCCAGACCAUGACCUGAGAACAAAACAGGGAGACUAGAGGGGUGAUAUGCACUAACUAAUAUGUAUUAAGAGAUCUUCAUUUGUGACUGUAAUUUCGAGCGGCAGUUUUUCACUGGUGUUCCUCAGAAGCUUAUCAGUGAGAAGAUUAGUCAACAGUGCACAAGAUUUCCUGUCUUAUCUGUCAUUGCUACCCAUCAGAUGUGCAGCUACAGAGGAGUAUUUGGUGUGAGCAAGAGGCAUUAUCAGUUCAGAAGAAACAGUCGUGAUGAGGCCUAAAUAUCUAGGAUAGUGGCCCAUGUGAAAUGAGCAGACUCAUAGAACAUAUCCCAGAAUCCUUUGCAACCAGCUGUGAUUCAACAGGGAACAUAUAAGUUCCCCCAAUGGUGGGAAGCUUUAUAAAAAAAAUCUCAACCCAACUGGGUUAGAAACAAUAAUGUUCUGCCUAGUUUAGCAGAGUAGUUAAUAGUGUGACGUAGAAAGUCCCUCAUUCAAAUCUUGCCUCAGAUAGUGUCUCACUACUAGGUGUAUUUAGGCAAAACUAUAGAGAUAAUACAGGCCGACUUUCAAAGGCUGUCGUUUGCAGGGUAUUACUUUACCAACAUGAACAAAGAGCUCUGAACACCUGAAAUACACUAUAUAUAACACCUAAUUUAGCCGCAGCUGAAUCCAAAAACUAGCCCCUCCUUUUGCCAGUAUAAUGAGAGUGCAGUCUCGUUCUUCGGCUUCCAACGCCAGGUGUGUUAUAUUGCCCAGGCUGGUCUUUCAAGUGGUGUGUCAUAAAUUGGGCCUUCCUGGACAGGUUCCUGCUUUUGGUUCAAACAUACUGGUGGAGAGCGGACUUCAUGCUCAAAACCAAACUUUCCUGGAAAAGAGAAAUUAUGUUUGAGUGUAUUGAGACACAACUGCCUUGUACAUUUCAAACAGUAUUCUACCACUUUAAACAGUAAUGGCUUCCCCCCAAAGAAUUGUGGGAGCCAUCUUUCAUUAAGGAUGCUGAGUGUUGUUAGAAGACCCCUAUUCUCCUUGCAGAGCUACAGUUCCUGCUAACAUUGUGCCUUGCAGCCAGAGUUGUGAAAUCCAGAGCGGCUCAGUCUCCUGAUUGCAUCUCAUCCUUCACCCCUUGGCCUACUUCUUUUUUGGCCUGCUCUGCCAAACAUAAAGCAAGUCGGCAAGAUCAAAUUAUUUCUUUUGGAUUGAGUUAUCCAGAAUCAGUUUGCCACUCUCUUGUUCCUCCUUGCCUGCAGUUCCUCACCUGAAUUCGGAUUGUGCAAAUGUACAUUUUGUAAAUGUGCAUUGGAGGAAUGGAGCAGGGGAAACCAGACCCCUCACUCACUGAGUAAGGUGCCUCCCCCGACCUGCAAAAUUGUGUAGAUUGAAUCAACCUCCAAAGUUAUAUGAGAGAAAUAAUUGAAGCAGUAGCAGAUCACAAGAGUUUGAGAGUGUGUCAAGAAACACAGGCGCUACCGUAUACUGAGGUCACAUCGACACCAUACAUUUAAAGUGCAUGACUUCCCACAAAGAAUCCUGGGAAGUGAACUAUAGUAUGUGAAGGGUGCUGGGAAUUAUAGCUCAAUUCCCAUAAUUCUAUGGGGGAAGCCAUUAAAUGUAUGGUGUGGAUCUGAUCCGGAGGCAAUCCAUUGGUGCACCAGCACUGUAUUGUCUACACUGACUGGCAGUGGUUGUCCGGGGUUUCAGAUGGGGGUUGUCUCUAUUUCUUGUUUGGGAAUACCAGGGACUGAACCUGGGACCUUCUGCAUGCCAAGCAUAGGCUCUACCACUGAGCUAAGCCCCUUCUCCUGUGGGCUCUUUCUCAAGAGAAAUAUAGGCAAUGCUCUCUUUGCAGAAUUUGUGUUUUGUUUUGCCUCAUUCUGUUCUCGAUUUAAAGUCGUCUUCUUUGAAGUGGAAAUAAGAGUUUGGUGGGUCUUAUCCUUCUCACCUACAACAGACGGACACAUUUAUUAAUUUACUCUUUCUCUCUCUCUCUCUCUCUUACACACACACACACACACAUUCUGCUCCCCAACUGGGUGCUGAGGUAAACUGUGGGUGUCUUCGCCCCAGUCCUCUCUCCAUAUGUAGCCCGGCAACCGGAAGUGACUGAGCCAGACAUGAGUAGCUGGGAAAACCCCAGUCAGGCCUAACCCAGCCUUGUGAAGGCUACAACUGCAAAAAAAAUAAGAAGAAGAAUUUCAAAAUGAGUUUAAAAAAAAUAUUUGGUAUCUGCAGUGCUUAGGAAAAAUGGACACGCAGUUAUGUCACCUGGCACAAGAAAUAUUGUGGUUUAACACAUAAAGACUUAAGUUUGCCACAUAAGAAUUUCAGAAUUGUGGAUGGGUGGGACAUGAAUUUAUUAAUAAAAUGAGGACACUUUUUUGCAUCUGUGGUGCUGGGAGUGCGGGGGGUGGGGUGGCGGCACCCAGUUAUGUUGCUUGACGCAUAAAGUGUUGUGGUUUAACAUCUAUGGAAACUACAUUUGCCACAAAAGAAUUUCAAAUGGGGAAACUCCCCCCCUUUUAAUCAGUGAUGCUUUUUAAAAAGGGCACACUUGGUUAUGUCGCUUGGCCUGUGAAGCACUGGUGUUUAAUGCAUUACGGAUACUUAUUUUAUUUAUGUAUUUACGUACUUAUUUAUUAGAUUUAUAUACCACCCUUCGUCACAGGAUCUCAGGGCGGUUCACAAGAUAAAAUACUUUCCAGUCUAAGAUGCUGUGCCAUUUCAGCAUAUAUAUAGUUGACAGCCUCAAUUUCAAAAUGACUUGGCUCUCUUCUCCACCCGCUCUGAAGCCAAGGAGAGGCUUAGGAAGCGCCUGUCCCCGAAGAUUUAAUUCCUGAGAUGAGCACCUUGCCCAAAAAUGUCACCCAACGUGUUUGGCGGGGAGGGUGGAGGGCGUGUGUGAGUGUGGGGGCGAUUUUUCUAAUGGAAACUGAAAGGCCCAAGAGGGAGCAGGAGGAUGCUCUGGCGUUCCAUGCACACAGCGCACCAGGGCCGGGGCAAGGCUAUAAGACUCCUGAAAUCCAGUAUUUCUUUAUUGGUUUUUGGGUGUGGAGCAGGGAAGGUGUGGUGUAGAAUUCCUCAGAGUCAGGCCCUGUCAGAAGGUGAGACCAGGAAGCAGAAAUUUGAACUAAGAACCUUCUGCCUUAUUCUGUAGACUGGGGUGGUGGAUCAUCAGGCUCAGGGGCUGAAUUUGGCCCUCAGGGACUCUCUAUCUGGCCCUUGGAACUCUCCCAGACUGCACAUCCUCUACUUAGGCAGCAUCCUGCACUGGCCUUGCUUCAUACCCCAAAUGGAUUUUUUGUGGUUGGAAUGUGCCCUUGAAUUCUGAUAAUGCUUGCCUGAAUGGAGGAUAAAGUGGGUGUGUAUGUGCAGAAGCAAGUCUAUUGUACAAAGGUAAAAUUAACAUGUAUUGCUCCGCCUACUUUUGUUUCUGGCUCCACCCACCGCUGGUAGUGGCCCUCGGAAGGCUGCCUAGAAGAGAAUGUGGCCCUUGUGUUGAAAAAAACUUCCCUACUCCUGCUGUAGAUGCCACAAGGCACCAUUCUUGAAAAUAUGUGGCUGAAUGAGGAUUUGAACUUGGAAUGCAAACUUCCCAUUCUAACACUGACCAUUGGUCUAGUCUGAAAUUUCAGUGAGCAGGCAAGGCCCUCCUGCCCUAUCCCUUCCCCUUUUAAGUUGACCAUACUGGGGGCGAGGGAGAUGUGAAUUGAAAAGGUCACGGGGAAAAAUGCCUUUUUGUUUAAGGGUUUUUGGGGGAUGAGUGUGCGCAGGAGGAAAAUCUGGACAAAGCGGAGCCUGUUUGGACUAUUAUUUAUCUUUAAAGCCCAUCUGAUUUCUGUGUUCCUCAGCACAGAGUCGAAAUAAGUCUCCAUUAUUUUUUUUUUGUACCAGCUUCUCAGAGCCAGGCUUCUUUUGAGUCCUCUCCACAUCCUCUUUUUGUUGGACAGAGGCCUUCUUUACCGCCCACUUCUCAGUCUUUGGUGGGUGGGGGGUAGUUGAGAGAGAGGAAGGAGGCGAUGUGGUUUCAUCAAGGGGGGUGGUAUAUCCAACAAGAAAAUAACCCCAGCAAGUCUUGCUCGUUGGCUCAGGCUGGAAAACACUUCGGUCUGCUUCGUCGCAUGCGGCAAGAUUGCCAGCUCCCUCUGUUUUCUUUGCAUAACUUCCAGCUGGUGUGUUUGGUACCUUGAAGUAGAAGGGGAGGGGGGAAUCUGAAUACUGCACUAUUUUAUAUUUGCAUCCACUUCCAUACAUUGCGAGCUAUUUAUGAGCCAUUGAGAGUCUCUUGCUCCAUAAUGGCAAGAUCUGGGGCACAGCGAGAUCCUCUAUGUGCAAUUUCCUCCUCACUCUUUCAGUCCUUUUCCUAUAGCCUGGAUCAGGGGUAGGCAACCUAAGGCCCAUGGGCUGGAUGCGGCCCAAUUGCCUUCUAAAUCUGGCCCAUGGAUGGUCUGGGAAUCGGCGUGUUUUUACAUGAGUAGAAUGUGUCUUUUUAUUUAAAGUGCAUCUCUGGGUUAUUUGUGGGGCCUGCCUGGUGUUUUUACAUGAGUAGAAUGUGUGCUUUUAUUUAAAACGCAUCUCUGGGUUAUUUGUGGGGCGUAGGAAUUCGUUCAUUCCUCCCACCCAUAUAGUCUGGCCCCCCACAUGGUCUGAGGGACGGUGGACCGGCCCACAGCUGAAAAAGGUUGCUGACCCCUGGCCUGGAUCAUCCAUGUGAAGUCCCCAUCAAUGCCUUUGUCCUCUCUCUCUCUCUAUCUCUCCUAUAGCCCACCUUUUCCUCUAAGUUUGAUGUGGCAAACGUGGUUUUCUCCCUUCUCAUUUUAUCCGCACAACAACCCAGGUUAGGUUGAGAGGCAAACUACAAAUUUGAACCCUGGUCUCUCCCAAGUCCUGAUCUGACAUUCUAACCACAGCACCACACUGGCUUAUGUUUAUGCUUUUGUUCAGAUGGGAUGUGUCAUUGAGCUGCAACAAAGCCUCUUUCCUGGAUGGAGAGAGGGGAGCAUGUAUAUUGAAAUCUCUUCUGCACAGCUGGAAUGAACCAUGGUUGUCUCUAGCACCACCCACCAAAGGCAUGCAGCCCCUGGAAAGUUGUUAAUGGGGAAAAUGUGGCCCUUGGGCUGAAAAAGGUUGAGAGAAUAAAAGAAACUUACGGUUUAUUAGUCCUGGCAAACAAAGCCAUUCUGAAUACAAGCUUAUGUAUGGCCAUUAUGGAGUUGUGAGGUGUACGAAACAAAAGUCCAACACUAGCACUGAAGAAGCCGCAGGAAGGAACCAAAGCCUGAGAGAAAAGCAAUCUGCUCAAUAAGGAAUCAGCAAGGGAAGAACGCAUUGCCUUUCUGACCCCUGCCACCACAGAUACAAGUGUCAUUGCUUUACUCCCAACAAUAAGAACGUACCAACGCCAGGGCUAAAAACACAUAUCACUUGCCUGCCUGCUCAGACUACUGAAGAGCUGUGUAGCUAACUAUGGGUUGGCAAUUUCAAGGCCACUCCUAACAUCCCUUCUUGUGGUUCCUUACCUUUAAACCAGACUUGGACUGGACAGCCCUCAAAUAGAGGUCACUUUAGAGAACUGUCCUCUGUAAAGAUGUGCUUUUUAGUUUUUGGGGGGAGGCUUUUAGGUCCAGAGAAAAGGCGCGUAAUUGGGGGGGGGGGACAAGAUAAAGGUGUAUCAAAUUGGUAGAUGGUCUAGAGAAAGUGGCCAGGCCUCUCUACUUUAUGCAGAUAGACAAACUAAGGUACAUCUUCACACAACACAUAGCUAAACUGUGGAAUUUGUUCCUGCGAGAUGUCUACCAACUUGGAGGGGAAGGUUAUCAAUGGCUAUGUUCUACAUACUCUUAAGGAGCCAAUAUAGCUCUGGAUAUCAGUUGCUGGGAUCCGCAAGUGUCAAGAGUUACCCUCGCACUCGGGUCCGGCUUGUAAGCUUCUCAGUUGGCCACUUUGAGAACAGGAUGCUGAACCAGGUGGGCCUUUGGCCUGCUCCAGCCACCCUCUUAUAGAUUAUGGGGAAAGGGUAGUAAAAGGUUAAGCCAUCUCGACACCCUUGGUCCUCUGCGUCUCCCACACAUCCUUAGAGCACCCAGGGGGGCAGGGGGCCCAUGUUGUGCAGCUGACGGUGGCGUCAGGAAUGUCUAAGGCGGGAGUCGUUUCCUCCCAACUGCCACUGUCCUCCGCUGCCAGCACAAACAAGGCUGGCUGGGCAUGAGGCAAGAACUGGGCUUGCUGCCUGCACAAUGUGGGCCAGAGGACCUAGCUUGAACCAAGCAGGCCUCUCCUCUGCCUCCCUCCCUCUGUGAACUGUGGCACCCCAGGACGGGCCUUGUGCGGGAAACCUUAACCAUCUCCCCCUGCUGUGUUAAUUAUAGACACUUGUGACCAUUGUGGUUUCUGGCAAAACAUGCGUGUGUUUAAAUGCAGCAAAUAAGGGCCAGUUCUUCUUGGUAUAGGAACACACGGACUCUGGAGCUACACAAAAGCCAUCACUCGGAGGAACGCUGCAAUCUCCAGCGCUGAAAUAGAAAAGCUGCUCCUAGGGGUUUUUUUUUCAUGUGGGGGCAUGUUGCUAUUAUUGUGCUUUAUGUAGGAGAGGGGAACCUGGGGCCUGAAAGUGGCCCUUCAGACCUCUCCACGUGGCCCUCUAAACUCUCCCAGGCCACGCUCCCUUUCCACAGCCCUUACCGGCUCUGCUUCACAACCUUCUUGAGUUUUUUCCCCCUGGCUGGAAUGUAUCCUUGAACUCUGAUAAUGCCUCAGGCUUCUCUAGAUGGAGGAUUUUGUGUGUGUGUGUGUGUGUGUGUGUGUGUGUGUGUGUGUGUGUGUGUGUGUGGAAACUGGCCUAGUGUACAAAAGGAAAUUUUACAUUCACUAUUGCACCCACUUUUGCCUCAGACCUCGCCCGCCACUGGCAUUUGGUUGCCCAGGAGGGAAUGUUGCUCUCAGGGUCAAAAAGCUUCCAUAUUCCUGAUGUAGGGCUGCCAAUGUACCUGGUGUUUGUUUUUUAUAGUAAUGUAAACAGCUCUCUGCCCUGAGGACGUUACAGUCUGAAGUUGGAGGAACUGGUUUGGCACUGGGUUCAGGACAGACUUGUUUUUUGGUUUUUUUUAAAGCCUUUCUUUGGCGCAAUGCAGAAUUAACUUUAAGAAAUACAAAAUAAAUCCAUGCAGCUAAGAGUAGCUAGCCCACAUGGGACCCUUCAGACACAGAGACAGUAUGCCCCUACAUAACAGAUGCUGAGGACAAGCAAUGGGGGAAAGUGGCAACCUUCCUUCACUGCUCAUAAGCUUUCCAAAUGCAUCUGUCUAGUUGUUGUUUUGGAAAUGGCAUGCGAAAGUAGAGCUUGGUCUAGUCUCUAGCAAGGCAAUGCUUAUGAUACCUUAGGGACACGGGUAAACUCUGACUCAGGCUGUUGGUCCAUCUAGUUCAGUACUGCCAACACUGACUGGUAGUGGAUCUCAAGGGUUUCAGGCAGGGGACAUUCCCAGCCCGACUUAGAAAUGCCAGAAUUUGAACCUGGCACCUUCCGCAUGCAAAGCAGAUGCUUUCCCACUGAGUUACAUCUCUUCCCCAAUACAGUAGUACCUCAGGUUACAUAUGCUUCAGGUUACAUACACUUCAGGUUACAGACUCCACUAACCCAGAAAUAGUACCUCAGGUUAAGAACUUUGCUUCAGGAUGAGAACAGAAAUCGUACUCCGGCGGCGCAGCGGCAGCAGGAGGCCCCAUUAGCUAAAGUGGUGCUUCAGGUUAAGAACAGUUUCAGGUUAAGAACGGGCCUCCGGAACGAAUUAAGUACUUAACCUGAGGUACCACUGUACAUUAUUAGAUAGAUCCCCAAUGGGAGUUGUAGUUCAGCAACAUCCAGAGGGCCAAAGGUUCCCCUUAGCCUGCCCUCCUGCAUUUUAAAAGCAUGGGUUCUCAGAUCUAAUUGCAGCUCCCUCCUUUGGCAGGUGAGAACCUCCUGGGUAGCAACACUAUCCUGCGCCACCCGGCCUGGCUCACUGAACUCGAUUCCCGACUGCGGAGCCAAGAGGAGGAGCUGACGCUGGUGAAGUCGGCGUUGGCAGACGCGUUGCGGAGGCUCAGCUUCUACGACCAGCAGAUCCCUCUGCUCAGGCAACAGCUGCUUGAAGGUGAGGGUGUCAAGAGUCCCAAUUGUUGGUUUGUUUCAUAAAAAUGUAUAUGCCGCUUGAUUGUUAAAAAAAAGGAAAGACCCUUGAAGCAGAUGGUAGCUUUUAAUCGGAAGAAAGGUGCAUAUAUACAGGUGAGGGGAGGUGAACCUUCCCAACUGUACCUCCUUGCUGUUAGGCGCACAAAAUUAUUCCCUUCACCUCAGGUCAGACACCAGAAGUGAGCCAUGGAGAGUGACAAGUGCCUGGGGUAAUGGGGAAAAGUGCCUGGUUGAGCAAGGGGAUAAAGUGGGGGUGGAAAUCCCUACUUCAUGUGAAAGUCAGACCCCAUCCUAACAUGGCAGGUUGCUUACAGCCAUCAGAUUGCUUCAUGGGAAUGGUUGCUUUAAUUCAAAUUCCUUUUUCACUGCAGCAAAUUCCGGUCUGUCAGAUGCCAAAGAUCCUGCACUCCUUCCACAAGACAAUGGUGCCUUCUGGAGCCUGCCUGCUGCUUUCUCCAAUGAUUCUUUCAGGUACUUGUCAAGGGAUCUUUGGGGGGGGGAAUUGAGGCCCCAGCAAAGACUGCACUUAUGGGACCAUCUGCAGCUCACUCCCAAACCAUGGAGGCUGGUCUGUUAGGGCCUUCCAGCCCUCAGCCAGCUCCCACCUGCCUGCCAUCUUAUUGAUAACCAGCCUAGGAAGGUGGCCCUGCCUGUCUCCUCCUCAGUCUCAGUGUUACUCAUUGUAGGCAGGAAGGAGGAUUAGUUGGCUCCACCUGCCAUUGGUUCUAGCUCUGCGUACUGUACCUGAGAGUGUGGAAGUAAAAGGAGAGGAAGUGCUGUAUAGUGGUUAACUAAGUGUGGUGGAGUGAAUGAAUGAAUGUUUAUUAUUAUGACUAAUAGUAAAACCAGAAUUUCAGCAUAAUUUUUUCAUAAACAUUAAAACGGACAAAGUGAAAUUUAACAAUCAAUAUACCAAUUAAAUGGAUUUAAAAUAUGUAUCCAAGGAAAUAUAAACUCAGUGAUAAAAAAAAAACCCCAGAAGAAUUUGACUGUGAGCUGUGUCAAUUUAUGACUGUGGAACUGUGUGAUGGAGUAGCUAACUAUGUUGUUUGGUUGUAAGUUGCUUUGGGUUCCCUUGGGCAAGAUAAAGUGAUUCACAAAUUUAAAUGACAACCACUGCUACUUCUGUUUGAGGGAAAUUCUAUUGUUUUCUCAGCAUCUCAAGCUGCAGAAUUUAGUCACAGAGAAUAUAACACCAUUCUCCCCCCCCCAACAGAAGUGUUUUCUUGCACUUACUGCUCACUUUAUUGAUUUGUUAUUACAGUAUAUUCAUAUCCCAACUUUCCUCCAAGGAACUCUCUUCCCCCUCCCAUUUAAUUCUCACAACAAUUCUUUGAGGUUGGUUAGGUUGAGAGGCAGGGUCUGGUUCAAGGUCACCCAGUGAGAGCUUCAUGGCCAAAUGGGAUUUGAACCCUGGUCUCCCAGGUCCUAGCCCAGCACCCUAACCACUACACCGCCAGUGGCUCUGUUACUGCACAGUAAUUGCAUAAUAACUCCAUCAUCUGGGAGGAAAGCUUGCCUUUCUGAAACACAUCUGACAUGUUGACUUUUGAAAGGGGUGUGUAGGGUGUUUACAAGGAUGAUUGAAACAAGCUGGCAUCCCACAACUCACGUUGUGCUUUGGUUUGCAGGUCCACUAUGACGCAGCAACCUGGAGGCUACAGGGAGUCAGUGCCUUCAGCUGAAAGAGCCUCACCAAGGGUCAGCGUUGGGACGCAAACAGAGGAGUCCUCCAUGCUGGAGGCAAAGCAGAGCCAGUACCUAAGCAACGGGCAUCUUAAGCAGACGGAGAGCUCGGUGGUUCAAGGAAAGACAGACCAAGCCCCUUCCACCCUUGGACAGACAGGCUUCACAGAGGGCUUAGUCAGUGGAGGCCCUCUGGAGCCCGUUAAGAACUCCUUUGGGUUGCAGGCUGAGGGAGGAGGAGACCCAGGAUUUGCCUUGGAGUUGCAAAAUGUUCAGGAAAAGCAAAAGGUUCAGGAGGAACCCCAGGCUCGAGGCACUGGUUGCCACCUUCCUAGGACUUGCCCCCACGAAACUCAAGAUGUCGGGGAGCCUCCCCCUGAAGACAGCAGAGACAAAGUCUCUGGCGUGGGGCAGUCCCAACCCCCAGCUCAGUCGCUGGGUCAGCUCCCAGCAUCCCCUGAGCCUCCGUUGGAAGUGGGGAGCAGCAACAGCAGCAGCACCCCUGCCUCACCGGUCCCAGCUGUGCAGAGUUUGAUGUCGAGCAAGAAGGAGCUGUAAGUGUGAAGGCUGAGGGAACUGGGCUGGAUUCUUCUGGGAGAGAAACAGAAAGAGGGGCGAGUGUUUCAUAAGGUUAUGAUUGCUCUGGAUUUAGUCUUGUGGGUGUUUAAAAAUAAAUUAAAAUCAGCAAAACUCCAGAGUCCUAUUCCCAGAUCCAAGAGAAAAAAGGUUGUUUAAGACAUGAAGUCUAUCUGCCAGAGACCAUAGCUUCCUAUAUGCAUAUGCCUGGUUUAAGGCUGGACGGAGAUGAGGUUUAGUUUAGUAGGUUGGAGCAGAGAGCCAGGAUUCCUAGGUUUUCUGUCUGAUUCUGGGUGCAGGGCAAGACCCACCCAUGGCUUGAUAUUAUGUGAAGAGGCUGUUUGCUCCCUUCUCCCCUUGCAUGAUCUGAUUCAUUUAGUUGCCUCCUUUUGUACAUGUUUUUUAUUCAGUUAACAUAUCCUGAAGAGUCUUUGUCAAUUAGUGUAGGCAGAGCAAGAUGGACCAAUGGUCUGACUUGAUAUGAGGUGGAUUCCUAUGUUCCAGAUACCAGGGGUGAUAGCAGUGCUAUGUGUUUCUCCCUGAGCUCCUUAGCUUGCUGCCCUCAGGUAUGGCAGAGGAUGUUGCCCCAUUGCUGCUGUUGAAGAUCCAGAUGCUUGUUUAGUUGGAUUCAGUACACUGAACAUAUGUGAACAUAUGUUCCACCCCUAGUGUGACACACUUAAGGUCAGGAUGUGAUCAUCCUGCAGCUUCCUGCACACCUGUUGAAAACUGAUUAACCUACUGGAUGGAUUUAGGACAUUGGUUGGGAACGUUUGUGGCCCAGUGGGACAGAUCUUUACCUCUCCCCACCCCACAGGACAACUUUAGCAGGUGGGUGGGACCACCCACAUGUCAACCAUCUGACAUCCUAACUGACAGCAGAUGACAGACAGGUUGUUUGCUCCACGGAGUUGGGGGGAAAUGGAGACCAUUCAGGAUUGAACUUCCCAUGCACCAGCUGAUAACGUGGUUCUCUCCUGCUCUCCAGCCACAUCUCUACCUGCUCCACGCCUGACACCAGCUGGGGAAAGCUUCCUCAUGGGCCAAAUCAGGAGGGCUGGCGGGCCAAAUCUGGCCCACAAGCUGGAGGUUCCUGAUUUAGGAGAAAGGGAAUCACUGGGGCUGGCGCUAUCCAUAGACAGCCAUCUCAGGCAGUUGAUUUUGGGUAUCAUGAAGGAAACAAAAUGGGAACCAGUUAUUUAUUUAUAACUCCAUAUUUCCUGUCGGAAAAGAGGAGAGUCGUUUGUGAGAUUUUCUGCCUCAGAUGCCAAAAUCGCAUGACCAACCUUGGUUCUGGUGUGUGUUGACUUGGGGAUGCACACAUUCACCUCAGGCAGCGAAAUGUCUCAGGUCGGCCCUGUCUCUGGGUCACUUAUUGUCCUGUGAUUCACCCUUUCUCUCCCCCUCUAUCUUUCUGAGCUUCUUUUCCUGCUUGCUCAGAGGAGCCCGCCCCUUUCUCUCUUGGCUGAAUUGAAGGUUUGGUAAAAACCAGGCUCUAUUUGCAGCUGUGGGCAGAGCGUUGCCCCCACACCACAAGGCCAAAGGCAGCUGCUGCUGCUGCUGCUGCUGCUGCUGCUGCUGCUGCUUCUUCUUCUUCUUCUUCUUCUUCUUCUUCUUCUUCUUCUUCUUCUUCUUCUUCUUCUUCUGAGGGCUGUGAAGAGCUCUUCCUCAGAAGAAAGAGCCUGUCUUCUGCUGCUACUGCCACUUCUCCUUAGAAGAAGGGGAUGACCAGGGUUGCUCCCUCUCAGUGGCCUAAAGCAAUCUGAGGAGAAGCAAAUCAGCCAAUAUCCAUGGGUGCAAAAUAGACUCACAACAAAGAGAAACAACUUCCACUCUUGCAGGCAAAGGACAACAGGGGAGUUUUUGACUGCGGGAUGCAUCUCUGUUACUUAUUUAUUUUAUUUAACACAAUUUCUAUUCCACUGGAUCGUAAGCAAACCUCUGAGUGGUCUACGAAAACAAUGAUUGAGUUGCAUCCAUAAGAAUGUAAGAAGAGUCUGCCUGCUGGAUCAGGCCAGAGGCCCAUCUAGUCCAGCAUCCUAUUUGCACAAAGGGAAACCCACAAGCAGGACAUGAGCACAAGGACAACGCUACAAACUUGUGAUUCCCAGCAGAUGGUGUUCAAAGCUCUACUAGCUCUGACAGUGGAGGUAGAACGACUGCACUCUAAGCAGACCCACUAAAAUUAAUGGACCUGAGUUAGGUUUUGUCUGUUAAUAUUAAUAGGCCUACCUGGAGCAGAGGCGCUUCCAGCUGACCUGUUUAUUGAGCAUUCUUUCCGAUUUGUUUGCAGGGAGAUUAGACGACAUUGGCUAUUUGAUGAACAUUCCACUCUGAUUUAUUUGUGGGGAGCGCCAAUCAUGUUGCACGAAGGGACGUUUCAUCCCACCCUUCCCAGUGCAUUUCCCUGUCACUUUUCUUAUUGCAAAAAGUCUGAUCUUUCAGGGAAGUGAAUUUGUUGUGCAAGAGCUCCAAGUCAGUUCUAUUUGCACAUCCUGAAUUUGCCUAUAUGUUCUUGAGUCCCACCUGAAAGUAGCGACAGUCUAGCCCUAUAGGACUAACGUUGGAUAUGACAUCAUAGUGCGGCACCUUACCUAGUCCCCCUUUCUUUCUUUCCCAGACUGCGGAGAAACAGCUCCUCCGACAAACCCUCCAAAACCAAGCAGCGCCUCUCCAAGAAGGCAGCGUCCUCAGCCAACCUCUUCAACCACUCCAGCAGCUUUGAGAAGUGAGGCGCACACAGGCACCUACCAUGUAUCACCCCAAUUUUUCUGAUUUAGGGACAUGAGUGGCAUUUGGUUGUAUUUGCCCUGAGGGUGGGGGAGCCUGCACUCAGUGCAUGUUCAAAAGCACAGUGCCACCCCAAGGUUGCACUCUGGAUUGUUUAUUUGGAGAUGCCCAGGGGCAGUCUGCAAAAAAGAAAAAACACACUAAUAAAAUAUAACUUCAAUAUCUUAAAAGAAAGGGGGGGAGGGAAUACAUUUUAAAAUAUUUGCCUGGUGCCAGAAAUAUAACCAUGGUGCAGGUGGGCUUUUCUGGAGAGGGAAAUCCACAACCACAGCACCAACACCAAAAAGACUCUGCCUCCCACUUCGGAAUGGGGGGGGGGGGAUUUCAGUCAGUCCACAUUUAAAGGCAAACCCGGUUGAUUUGCAUUUUCCAAAACAAGGUAUGAACCAAAACACAGCUAUCUUUUGAAAUUUGAAUUUCUCCAGACUUUUCAAUGCAGUUCUCCAGCCUAGUAAUUUGUAUAGAAAUGCAGAAUGUGUGCAUAGAAAUGCAUAUAUUAGUGAAAAUGAAGUACAAAAAAAUCAUUGCAUUACAGGGAAUAGGUAUUGAGAGAUGUUUGCACUAAAAUGCUGAUGAAUUUGCAGGAAGAUUUUUUAAAAAUGCAAAUAGAUGUGGAAUUGUGGGGAACUGAAUUUAAGAUUGGAAAAAAUGAGGUGCUGAGAGAAAUGGAAAUGGACAGAUUUGCACUCUGUCUCUCUUUCUGGUUGCUGUCCACCUUAACUAACACUGCAGGGCACCUGGAGGAGUAUUACUGUACUGAAGAUUAUCUCUGGUGACUCUGGCUGCUCCCUAUAAGCCAGGGAUAGCCAACAUGGUGCCCUCUGGGUGUUUUAGUUUCCAACUCACAUCAGCCUGCAUGGUCAUUGAUUGGGGAUAAUUGGGAGAUGUAGUCCAAAAUAUCCAGAGAGCAGCAUGUUGGCUAAUCUGUUAUCUACAGCACACACAAAUACACAUAAACAUAGACACACACCAUAUAUUGCCAUGUGGGAUUUGGUUAGGUUUGCUCUGUGGGGAGUAAUAGGGUAUUGUGUGCAUGCUCAGAGGUCGUGUUCUUCCCAGUGCUAUUUUUCUAGAAAAAGGGGUGCUAGAACAAAACACAAACACCUCCCUUGUUCUCUUAGAAUGGCAAUGGCGCCCACCUGAGAGGUGCUGGAACUCAGUUCCGGCUGAAAAAAAGCCCUGGUUCAUUUCCUUCUAAGUUACCUACCACACAGGUAAACCCUGACCGGCCCCUUUAAUGUUCUGUUUUCUCUUUGCAGCCGAACAAAGGAUCCCUCCCUAAGUCCAGGUGAGCUUUCAAAGUCAAGGAUGGUGAAGGGGACAAUAAAGCUGUUUGGUGGGUUGGAGAUGUAGUCCAAAACCUCUGGAGGGCACCAGGUUGGUGAAGGCUGCUCCAGGCAAAGAUGCAGCCCCUUCUUCUUUCCUACAAAUCCCUAAUGCUUCCUUCCUCUCCCUCUGCAUAGGGCCACUGAGCGCUCGACGGAUGCACCAAGGUGAGGCUUCAGAAACAAUUGCAUUGGAGGGUUUGGGAGAAGAAAGCAGGCAGGAGUUUUUCUCCCUCUGUCUGAACACCAGAACUUGGGGACGUCUUAUGAAGCUGAAGGUUGGAAGGUUCAGGACAGACAAAAGGAAGUCCUUCUUCACACAGUGCAUAUGGAAGUUUGUCCCUCAGGAAGUAGAGAUGGUCACCAGAUUGGAUGACUUUAAAAUACAAUUAGGCAAAAUCCAGAGGAUAGGGCUACAAAGGCUAACUGUUGGAGGGGGUAUGCUUCUAAGAACGUAAGAAUAACCCUGCUGGAUCAGGCCAGUGGCCCAUCUAGUCCAGCAUCCUGUUCUCAUAGUGGCUGCCAAGAUAACUGUGGAAAACCCUCCAACACAACCCAAGCACAAGAGGACUCUCCCUUCCUGUAGCUUCCAGCAACUGGUAUCCAGAAGCAUUGCUACCAUCUACUAGUAGUAGUCACUGAUGGCCUUUUCCUCCAACAAGUUAUGAAUACAGUCGUACCUUGGUUGAUGAACGACUUGUGAGUCGAACGUUUUGGCUCCCGAAUGCUGCAAACCUGGAAGUGAUUGUUCCGGUGUUUGAACGUUCUUUGGAACCCAAAUGUCCAGUGCGGCUUCCGUGGCUUCCGAUUGGCUGCAGGAGCUUCCUGCAGCCAAUCGGAAGCCGUGCCUUGGUUUCCGAACAUUUUGGAAGUCGAACGGACUUCCGGAACAGAUUCUGUUCGACUGUAGCGGUUUCUGGAAACUGCAGGAGGGGAGAGUGCUGUUGUGCUCAGGUCUUGCUUGCAGGCUUCCCAUAGGGAUAUAUAGCUGGCCGCUGUGAGAACGGGAUGUUAGACUGGACGGGUCACUGGCCUGAUGCAGCUGGCUCUUCGUAAUGGAAGACAGAACAUCUGGUGGUGCCUGGGGUGGAGUUAGGCCACACCAUACAUUUAAAGCACUCUUGACAGCACUUUAAACGGUAAUGGCAUCAUCCAAAGAAUCCUGGGAGCUGUAGUUUUGUUAAGAGUGCUGAGGGAGGGCUGGAUAGAGAGGCCUGGGGGUGUGGGUUGUGUUUGACCCCUAGGCCUGAGGUUCUUCAUCCUUAAGAUAGGAGCCUAGGCAAAGUUUUAUCACUUGAUUCUCCUGGUUGCAUCAGGAGUCCUGAAAAGUGGGUGAUGCUUGGUCGUUUGAGGGGCAGGACCUCCAUAGCAGAAGACAUGCAGAUUGACUUUUUGGGCCAAGGUGGGUUUGGCAUUUGUUGUGCUACAGCUGCUGAUGCCCACCUGUUCCCUCCUUCUGUUUUUCUGUCCCUUUAGAAGGACGUUCCACGAAGAUGUUCCUGCGUGGCCGCCCCAUCACCAUGUACAUCCCUUCCGACUUUCUCAACUACGAGGAGCUGCGCAUGGAGCUGCCGACCGAGAAGUUGAAGCUGGACUGGGUGUAUCCUUUCAGGAAGGAGGAGGCCUCCUUCCUUGUUCCGCUGCCCUCCCAUUCCAGCCUUUCCUAAAGCACAGUAGCCACCACAGAAUAACACUGUUUCCCCGGUGAAACCCAUUCAGGGAGGGGUAGCCAACCUGGUGCCCUUUGGGUGUUGUUGGACUCCAUUUCCCAUGAGCCUCAGCCAGCAUGGCCAAUGAUCAAUGAUGGGAGUUGUAGUUCACCAAGCUGGCUAAUGAGAAAAUGAGAGACUGAGAAGAAUAGACUGAGAGGAAUAGAAAUGAACAGAUAACGCUCAUUCCCCCCUUUCUCUCUGUGUUUUAUGCCUUAUCCCACAUGGCAGUGGCACCUGGAGGAGUGCCUCUGAGGAGCACUGACUGUGCCCUAUAAACCAAAGGUAGCCAACAUGGCGCCUUCCAGGUUUUUUGGACUCUAUUUCUCAUCAGCCCCAUGGCCAAUGGUCAAGGAUGAUGGGAGUUGUAGUCCACAAUGUGUGGAGGACAUGAGGUUGGCUAUCUCUGAAUUAAAGCAUGCAGAUCUAGGGCAUAGGAGGAGGAAUGUUAUUUAAAUUUACACUUAGCUUCUACCUUCUCUGUUUUUUGUUUCUAGCUGACUAGGUUGAGGGAAAGAACUGCAGAUCAGUGGUAGAAAUCUGCUUUGCAUGGAGAAGGUCCCAGGUUCAAUCCUCAGCAUCUCCACGUAGAGCUGGGGUGAAAACUUCCUGCUUGAAACCUUGGAAAUCUGCUGCCAGUCAAUGUAGACAACACUGAGCUAUAUAGACCAAUGGUCUGAUGGGAUUAGGCAGCUUCCUAUGUUUGUUUGUAUUAUUAUUAUCAUUAUCCCAGCCUUCCUCCAAGAAGCUCAGGGUGGCAUACACAGAUCCCACACUUUUACCCACACGACAACCCUGUAAGGUAGGUUGGGUUGAGAGUUAAGCAAACCGGUUCAAAGUCACCCAUUGAGCUUUGCAAUUGAGUAGGGACUAGCACCCAGUUCUCCCUGGUUUGAGUCCCACCAUUUGGGCCCCUGAAAUAGUAGGCUCCCUCACGGGUGUUAUCACAAAAGAUGACAGAGCCAUCGCUUGAGUCCCCAGUGACACAGAGAGCAGGCAGGCGUGGCUCCCUUGUCCUCCCCGUUUUGCAUUUGUGUCGGUUCGUUGCUCCUUGACACCCGUCCCAGAUAUGGAUACAGAGGCCGUGACUGCCGCUCCAAUCUCUACGUGUUGACGUCAGGAGAGCUGGUCUACUUCAUUGCCUGUGUGGUUGUGUUGUAUCAUGUGCAACAUCGCACACAACGCCACUACCUGCGGCACACUGACUGCGUGCGCUGGUGAGUUGCGGGAGCCAUUUCCCAGACCCGCAACCUGCUCCAAUACUCCUGUGUAUAUUACCUGUAUGUACACCCACAACAUGAGGGAUGCAGGUGGCGCUAUGGGUUAAACCACAGAGCCUAGGACUUGCCAAUCAGAAGGUCAGCGGUUCGAAUACCCGCGGCUGGGUGAGCUCCCAUUGCUCGGUCCCUGCUCCUGCCCACCUAGCAGUUUGAAAGCACAUCAAAGUGCAAGUAGAUAAAUAGGUACCGCUCCGGCGGGAAGGUAAACGGCAUUUCCGUGUGCUGCUCUGGUUCGCCAGAAGUGGCUUAGUCAUGCUGGUCACAUGACCUGGAAGCUGUACGCCGGCUCCCUCAGUCAAUAAAGCGAGAUGAGCGCCGCAACCCCAGAGUCAGCCACGACUGGACCUAAUGGUCAGGGGUCCCUUUACCUUUACCUUUACCUUACACCCACAGCACAGGGACAGGCGCAGAAAACAUACAGACAAAUACUUGUGCUCACUCUCACACUCACUCUCAUUUGCCAAAGCAAAUGACAGGCAGGGACAGAGCCAGUGACAGGCAUAGCCAACCAUCCUCGCUGCAUCACUGAGACAGGAGGAGGGAAAAGCCAACAGGCACAGCCACCCGCUGGCCUGGUUGUAAGUAAGUAAGAAGGCAGGCAAGUGUGCAGGGCUCGGUGGCUGAGAGCAGGCUGAGGUUGAUGGGGCAGCACCCCAUUCACUGAAAUCCUCCAGCAGAGGCAGAUUAGGGGAGUGUGACUGGUUCGCCUGCACUGGGUGCUGAACCAAGAGGGUGGUGCAGGAGGCACCGCAAAGAUCACUUAGAACGAAAGGCAAGAGGUGGGGGGGGGGAUGCUGAAAUUUGACGUUGCUUUGGUCCAUGGGGGGUGAGGGCAGAGAAUCUGAUUGAGCAAAGUGGUUUUCACCUUCUCUGGAGCGAUGGGGUUAGGAGACUUUGAGUUUGGGAGCAGAUGGUGGAUCGGGCCCUUUCCUCUUGUGAUUCUGUUCUUUCUCCAGCCUAGCAGUGCAUCCUGACAAAGUCCGCGUUGCUUCAGGGCAGAUGGCUGGUGUGGACAAGGAUGGCAAGGUAAACCCCUAGAUCUGGGAGGCACCCCAGGCCGUGAUUUCCCCCCUCAUUUCAGCUACAUGGCUUACAAGUUUUUUGUCCAGAGAUAAGAUUAAUUGGCUGCAGUGGUGCCAUCAGAUUUCAGACUUUGGGGCAGAGAGGUUUGGGGCUCCACUCAGCAAAAUGAGCCAGAAUGCUCCCAAACACAAUAGGACUGGUGGCCUUUCACAUUUUGAAGUAAUGCAAAAUGCUGCCCAAACCAGUCUUCUUCAACCUUGGCACCCAGAUGUUGUUGGACUACAACUCCCCGAUAGGAACUGUAGUUCAACAACUUGCUUUUAAUUUCUUUGUGCUUUUAACUUGUUCUUAGCUUGUUAUGAUUUCAUUGUUUGGUUUUACAUUUUUACAUUGCUGCAAACCGCUGAGAUACAGUGUUAUGAUACAGUGGUAUAUAAAUAUUUUUGUAAACAAAUAAACUUCUGGGGAUGCAGGGUUGAAAAACAUCUCUUCCUGCCUCCCAAUCAGACCAUGCAAAGUCCAGAAUCUAAAAUUACCUAACUGCCCCACUUCCUGGUUAUACAGACAUUAAAGAUGGAAUUCAAUAACCUGUCAAAACAGAAUGCGCUUAAAUGGCAAAAUCUUCUAUUGGUCUGGCUACUGACAGCAGCGAAAGUACAAGUAAUGCACUCCUUCAGUCAGCAAACAAAGCAUUAUGAGGUGUGAAUAACAAAUGGAACCCAUUAAUAAAGUGUGUGUGCACGCACAAAUAAAAAACCAAGCAGGUGUGAGUUACUUGAGGAAAGGAAGAUAUUCAUGUUAUUAAAAAAUAACAUUUUAAAAUUAAUUACUCUGUGAUAGACAGAUAGUCCAUUUGAAUUAAUAUUCUGCUACUAGCAAACUAGCAAUGUGCUUUCUAUAUGCACUACUGGCUUGUUUUGAUCUCUACCUCUUUUUGCUCUACCUCGUUACAUAGGGAAGCUGACCUUUCUUAUUUCUCUUCCACUCUCCUUACAGCCUCUGCAACCCUCCGUUCACAUCUGGGACUCGUCCAACCUUAACACCUUGCUAGAAAUUGGUCAGGGCAGCUUUGAGAGAGGAGUUGGUUCCCUUGCUUUCUCCACAGCUGUGAGUGUUACAACUUCUCCAUCCUAUACGUUGGUUCAAGGAAAAAAUAGGUAUAUAAAAAGGAGAAUUUCUGGAUGACAAGAUUUGGGGCAAGUACUCUUUGGUGAGAGGACCCCAAGAGAGGUUUAAAACCACAAAAUAUGCAGCAAAUUGUGGAAAUACAGGAUGUUAGACCUUUAAAAUAUGUGCCCUUUAAAGUGAGUUCCAGAAUAUCCCUUCAAAAGUUUAUUUCCAAAGUCUUACACUUCCCUAAGCACAGAAAAAAUCCCACGUUUGGUAAGUUAAAAAUGGGUUUACUUAUGAACGCUUCAAAGGUCAGGUUCAUGUGUUUCAGAGCACAGACAGUAAAACAUAUCUUAUAUACAAAAUGGUGAAAGUUCCUAAAUUAUUAGUAUAGGAACUCAAGACUGGCUUGUGAGAGCCAUGCGGUCUGAGUUGGAGCAAUCAUUUCAAACCUUUUUUACAUGCUGAGCUUCUCAGGUAGACCUAUUUCCUCCCAAUGUGACGUAGCUAAGCCUGGCAGAACAACUUACUUCAUGCAUUGACUUAAGCAUGUUGGUUAUAUGAGACUGGUUAUCCCACACUAAAUGCUAUUAUACAUGCAUUCUCUUGAGCGCUGAUCCUUAUAUAUCAUUUUUAUAAUUACGUAUAUAUUCCACUUUUAAGUUUGAUAAGUUAACCCCAUAGGUCCCUGAGCAAGCAGUGAGCUAACUGCUUCACACCAUAAUGCAGGCAUAGGCAAACACGGCCCUCUGGCUGUUUUUGAGACUACAAUUCCCAUCAUCCCUGACCACUGGUCCUGUUAGCUAGGGAUGAUGGGAGUUGUAGUCCCAAAACAUCUGGAGGGCUGAGUUUGCCUAUGCCUGCCAUAAUGGAACCUUGUGUUAUGACCAUAGGGCCCAUCAUGUAGGAUGCUACUACCUACAAUGGCUAUGUUCUCCCUCCAUUGAAUGAAGCUCAUGGACCACUGGUGGUCCCCAGAUCACAGCUGGGGAACCUCUGUGGUAGAGCAUCCCCUUGACAUGCAGAAGGUCCCAGGUUUAAUCCCUGGCAUCUAGUUAGGGCUGAGAAAGACUCUCUGCCUGAGACCUUUGGAGAGCUGCUGCCAAUCAGUGUAGACAAUAUUGUACUAACUCUCUGUAAAGCAGCUUCUUGUGUUCCUAUCUCCCUCCAGGAUGAGGGGGCAUACUUAUGUGUGAUAGACGAGUCCAACGAGCACAUGCUGUCUGUCUGGGAUUGUGCUCGUGGCACCAAGCAGGCUGAAAUCAAGGUGAGUACUGUGGUGGUGGUUGUUAUUUGAACUUGUUUGUUGCCUGUUACACAAAGAGAUCUCCAAGCAACUCACAACAUAUUUAAAAAGCAUAAAGAUAAGUUAAAAAAAUAAAAUACAGUGGUACCUCUGGUUACGUACUUAAUUCGUUCCGGAGGUUCGUUCUUAACCUGAAACUGUUCUUCACCUGACGCACCACUUUAGCUAAUGGGGCCUCCUGCUACUGCUGUGCCGCCGGAGCCCGAUUUCUGUUCUCAUCCUGAAGCAAAGUUCUUAACCUGAAGCACUAUUUCUGGGUUAGCGGAGUCUGUAACCUGAAGUGUAUGUAACCUGAAGCGUAUGUAACACUACCUCGGGAUACCACUGUACAUGGUAAUAAGAAAACAUGCACACAAAAUUACAUUCAGUUCAUAAAAAAAUAUAUGCAAGGCAACCCCCAACAGCAGCAGUAGAAGGUUUGACAGUCUGAGUAACAGCAAACAGCCUCAUUGUGGUCCAUCAAGAGUAGUCACUUGGUGCUGAAAAGGUGUCAGCAAAGGCACCAGGUGGGCCUUACUGUGGAGAGCUUCCACAACUGGGGAGCCAGAAGACCCUCUCUCUUGUCUGUGUGGAGAGGCCUGGCUUUGCUGUCUCGUCUGAUUUAAACGCAGUGGGUGGAAUUUGAUUUUGCACUAUUACGAUUGUUACACCAGUCCAAGCGUUUUUGUCAAAUGGCAGCUUACCCCCCCCCCCCCGCAAAGGAUAAUCAUAAUACAUAAGAAACAAAAGCAUUAAAAUAAUUCUAAUUGUAUAAAUAGCAUAGUUAAAAACACCAUGAAGGCCCAGCAAAAAUGUUAGGGUUUUAGCUGGCAUAUGAAAGAGUCAGGGUAAUAUGCAGCUUAGCAAGGAGGUCAUUCCACAGAGGCAGAGACACCACCUAAAGAAAAAAUAAAAUAAAAUGAGAAUAAUACUAAUAUUUUGGGUGGUGGCUCCUCAUAACAUCAUCUCCAUCAUCAUAAUCAUCACCACCACCAUUAUUAUUAUUAUUUAUUUACUGCUUAAUGCCAAAAUAAGCUUCAAAGUGAUUUCCAAAGCUUAAAAGCCACUUAUAAAAAUAUAAGCAUCCAUAAUUCAAAGUACACAAUGAAACAAUCCCAUUAAAAUGACAGCAGUGUAAAAAAGUGCCUUUCCUUCAGAACAUUUCAGGGGUGCAGCAAUAAGGUGGUGAUCUGCUUGUCUGGAGGGUUGGUCUUCCCUACACACACAACUAAGGCACUUUGGGAGUCUUAAAACACUUUGAAUAAUCCUUGUGGGCAUCUUUGGUGGUGCUGAGAGGCCACAUCACCCUGAUACCUUCUUCCUUCCACUCUCCACCCAUCCACCCCAUUGCACCUCGCAGAGUACCAAUGAAUCUGUCCUGACGGUGGAGUUCAACCCGCAAGACAGCAGCAACAUAAUCACCACUGGGAAAUCUCAUGUCUAUUUCUGGACCUGGAGUGGAAACAGCCUAACAAAGAAGCAGGGAAUCUUUGGGGUGAGGCAAUGCUGCAGUGUGUGUGUGUGUGUGUGUGUGUGUGUGUUUGUGUGUGUGGCGGGGGGUCAUUGGUAAAGUUGGGGGCCUUCAAUAAAAGAGAACAGGGAGGGAGAAGUGCGGAGGGAAGGCUUCCGAAUUCAAGGCCUUAGAUGGUCAACCCCAAUUCCUUCCUCGGAGAAAAUACCAGUGCUAAACGUGGUCACAGAAAACACCCAGCACAUGCUCAGAUGCACUCUUUUUAGCUAGCUACGUUUUUCAACCAGAGUUUUCCUCAACUGCCUUAAGCCCUGUCUUGAUAACUUAAUGGUCAUAUCCACACUAUAUGUUUAAUUCACAUUUAAAUCACAUGGCUUCCCUCAAAGAACCCUGGGAUCUGUCAUUUGUUAAGGGUGCUGGGAAUUAUAGCUCUGUGAGGGGCAAACUACAGUUCCUGGGAUUCUUGGCAGUGGGCAGGCUGUGUGGUGUGGGUGUGACCAGUGUCUCUGCUGACAUUUUAUUCUGUCCCAGUCAAUGCUCGCUACUCAAAAGUCUCUCAUUGUUUCCAUGCCUUGCCUGAUGUUAGUUGUUUGUCCAAGUUAAUCUUUCUCUUUUCUUCUCCCCAUGCAACUCCUCACACAGAUUCCCAGAUCACUAUGCUAUCAUUUGCUAACUUCUAUGUUUUACCCUGGGCAGAAUCGCAAAUGCAAGUUCCUUCUUGAACAGCUUCUUCUUCCCCAUCUUCUUUUUCUUUCAACAACCCAAAAUCACAGUAGCAGUGCAUUACAUUGUUAACAUAUACAGAUAAAAGGAAAGAAAGAAAGAAAUGGUAACACACCAGUAUAAACCAAAGCCUACAUAUUUCCCAAACUGGCAUGGAUGGUGGGAGCAGACUUUGGUAAUAGGGUGCCCUGAGCGAGGACAAAAUUUGGCACUGCCCACUCCCUAAAUAUUUCUUAUUUUCACAAUAAUACCCUUUUUAUUUAUUAUUAUUUUGUGCCCCCCCUCAGCUCGGCGCCCUGUGGUGGGGACAGGGGACAGCACACACUGCCCUAAAUCCAGUACUGCAGACAGUGAAUGUUUGGCAUCUAAGUCCAAAGCAUAAUAAAUAAAAUCCCACCAGAUGGUGUAGAAGCAUUCUGGAUCCGCCAUCCCUUUGAAGACACAAAAUUUAUGUGUUUAUUUUUCCCCCACAAUAGCCAAACUCCGUCAGUUCUUGUACUACAAAGACAAAUGUAGAUCCCGCCCCCCGAAAUUUUCCAUUACUGUACUGCAUAUUGAAAUCCUGGCUGCAGCUUACAUCUGUGUUGAAAGUUAUUCAGAGCAAACAAACUUUCAUGCUGUCAUUCCCUAUAUUCAGUAAUGACCAUUAAUAGAGAAGCCUGAAGAGGCAGUUUAAUUAUUUUAGAUAUUUUUUGAUAAACAUCCUGCUGGAACUUUGAGAUACGGGAAUGAACCUUGCCCGGUUCUUCCCAGCCAUCGUUGUAUCAGCAUCUCCCCUUCCUGAUCUUUCCAGAAAUACAAGAAACCCAAGUUCAUCCAGUGCUUUGUGUUCGACACCAACAGUGAUGUGCUGACCGGAGACUCGGAGGGCAACAUCCUGACUUGGGCCAGGGUGCCUGCUGACAUCCGUACGCUGGGAAAGGGGGCGAAAGGUAUGCGAAGGUGAAUGGUAAUAGCAAACCAUGGUCUGCUAGGGUGGUUCCUUGGGCAUAUGCUGAUUUGCAUACAAUUUGCAUAUGCUAUGGCCUGUAGACUGACACAGAGUUAGAAAUGAUUACAGGGGAUUCCCCACUUGUCGCCGUUGACUUGCAUGUAUAUGUGUGGUGCUGGUAAAUAACGGAGGGAGAGAGCUGGAGAAUCCUCAUAACUUGCAAAGAGACGCUUCCUGGAGCCCGAAGAGGACUUCAGUUAGGUGGAGAAGAGACUGGAGGCUCAGUGGGGCUUUGUUUAGGCUGCUCACCUUCCCCACCUAACAGCUGAUGCAUGAGGUAGCGCAGCAGGAGCAACCUCUUUUCCGUGUGUCCUCCAGUCUCCAGCCAGCCCCAGAGCUUCAAUUCCAGUUGUGGAUAUUUUUGGUACAGUGGUACUUCGGUUGUUGAACGCAAUCCGUUCCAGAAGACUGUUCGAUUUCUGAAACGUUCGACAAUCGAGGCACAGAGGGCCGUCUGCAAAGUCAAUGGAGAAAAUUGGGGGGGAAACGCAGCGGAAGCCAUUCGACUUCCAAAAAGCUUUCGAAAAGGGAAGCAUUUACUUCUGGGUUUUUGGCUUUCAAAAACUGAAAUGUUUGGCUUGUGAGACGCUCGAAAACCGAGGUACCACUGUACAGCAUUUUAAAAUCUGGAAUGGCCGAGCAGGCAUUUAAAGGGUGUUUGGAGCGUGCUCCCCAAUUACGCAGUUUUCACUUACGCAUGCAGGGCACCAGAGCAUAACCCCAGCAUAAGUGGGGAGUCGCCUGUACUAUAAUAGAAAUAGAUAUACAAUGGAGAGGCAAAUAAGAUGGACCAAUGGUCUGACUGUACAAUAGGGCACCUUCCUAUGUUCCUGUGGAGAGGCAUGCCAACAGAGAACCUGGCACUAAUCCCUGUGUCGUGUCACCAAAAAGGAAUACAAAACUGAACCAGGGUUUGACACAGGUGUGUUUUUACCUCUCUUGGCAGAGACGUACCAGAUCAGCAAGCAAACGCGAGCCCACGAAGGCAGCAUCUUCUCUCUCUGCCUGUGCCGCGAUGGCUCGGUGCUCAGUGGGGGUGGCAAGGACCGGCGCCUGGUCCAGUGGAGCCCCAGCCUCUCCCUGCUGCAGGAGGUGGAGGUAAGGGAGGUGACUGGAUCUGCACAGCAGCUCUUGGAGAUUGCUUGGCGUAUGUUAAUAACCACCAUAUCCUUUGGUUUUGGGGUGGCUAACCUCAUGUGGCCAGGAGGCAUUCACCCUUGGCCUACUCUUUGGGGGCUGCGUGUCAGGGGUGGCUAAAAGUGGGCGUGGCCACCUCACACAUUUUCACUUGCAGCCUGACGUACAACCACCCACACAAAGUAUCCUUUCUGACACAUCUGAUGAUUAAAGAAGCCGUUUGCAUCCCCAUCAAAGCAAUGAGCUCUGUUCACCCCGGCCCUGAGUCUACAGUGGUACCUCGGGUUAAGUACUUAAUUCGUUCUGGAGGUCUGUACUUAACCUGAAACUGUUCUUAACCUGAAGCACCACUUUAGCUAAUGGGGCCUCCCACUGCUGCUGCACGAUUUCUGUUCUCAUCCUGAGGUAAAGUUCUUAACCUGAAGCACUAUUUCUGGGUUAGCGGAGUCUGUAACCUGAAGCGUAUGUAACCUGAAGCGUAUGUAACCCGAGGUACCACUGUACUUCAAACAUUCUCCCACCUUUUUGCCCCAGCCACCAGAAACAGUAGGGUCUUUGGGGUGGGUUUUUCUUUUACUAAAAUGUGUUUGGGGAUCUGGGGUUAGCCUCUUAACUGCUUUUGCCCCUCACUGUAGGUUUGCACCCGGAAGGGAGGAUACACCUUAUGGUUAAGGCUUGUUGCUCAAUUAAAGAAACAUUUGCCAAUUUAAUCAUAUGAAUUUUAAAAAUUUCAUCAGAUGGUUCCCUCUGGUUUUGUUUGACCCGCUUCGAGCCCAUCCCUGAUGGAGAAAAGUGAGUUGCUAUAAAUCAGGCUCCCUCAACCUCGGCCCUCCAGAUGUUUUGGGCCCAUCAUUCCCAUCAUUCCUGACCACUGGUCCUGCUAGCUAGGGAUCAUGGGAGUUGUAGGUCAAAAACAUCCGGAGAGCCGAGGUUGAGGAAGCCUGCCAUUAAUCCUUAAAAAUAACAAAAGGAAAUAAGGCAAAGUAACUUGAAGCAUUGAAUUUCCAAGUGGGCAUGUGGCCCUCGGAAGUUUGCCCAGAAGCAAAUGCGGCCCUCAGACUGAAAAAGGGUUUUAAUCCAUCCUUGGGUGAAUCCAUCAAACUUUACACACAGACCAGCUUUAUAAUGCCUGCUGCUUCUUUGGCAAUCAGAUUCCGGAACAGUUUGGUGCCGUCCGCACCAUCGCCGAGGGUGAUGGAGGGGAGCUGCUGGUAGGGACCACACGCAAUGCUCUGCUGCGGGGGAGCUUGGCGGAGGGCUUCCGGCCCAUAAUCCAGGUAAAGGGGUGGGUCUGGUCGCAGGGCCUCCUCCUCAGCUGCUCCUUCCUUCUCCAGCUGCUUCUCAACGCUCUUCCUUUGCAGGGGCACACGGACGAACUGUGGGGGCUGGGCACUCACCCUUCGCGGGACCUUUUUGUCACUUGCGCCCAUGACAGGCAGCUCUGCAUGUGGGAUAGUGGGGAGCACACGCUGGCUUGGAGCACCACGCUGGAGGUAACUGGACCCGGGAGGGGAGGAAUGUGUGGCAUGGCCCAGGGGUGGCGGCAAUGCCAUUGAUGUGGUACCGUUCCAUGGAAUGGGCCAGUGGACACAGAGAAUCAAUUUGGAUGGCUUUAAAAAGAGGAUUAGACAAAUUCAUGGAGGGCAAGGCUAUCAACAGCAGCUUAGCCAUGUUGUCUAUGUUUUCCCUGUCGGAGGCAUUAUGCCAGUUCCUGGGAAUCACAGGUGAGCAGAGUGCUGUUGUGCUCGUGUCCAGCUUGCAGGCAUCUGGGUAGGCGAGAAGUGUUGUUUCUGCAUGAUCAUCCUACACAAAGCGGACACGAAACACAUGAAAGAAGCGAAUUCUUGUCCUGUUGGAAAGUUCAUUCAGCAAAAAACCCCUCUCUGACUUCUAAGAUUUCAAUAGCCAUCGGCUAACGUGCUUUGGGAUUGUAAGGGUUAGAAACGGAAAUAAUAAAAAAAUACAAUGAAAAUUGCACAUAAGAACUUAAUGUAUUUACUCGAAUCUAACGUUCACCUUUUUUGGCCAAAUUACAUUGCAAAAAAUAAGGUACACAUUAGAUUCAAUGGCACAUUUACAUUUGCUGGCAAAUAUGGUUUUUUGGUUUCAAGGUUCUGAAAACUGAGGUGCACGUUAGAUUUGAUGGCUCAUUAAAGGUAAAGGGACCCCUGACCGUUAGGUCCAGUUGUGGACAACUCUGGGGUUGCGGCGCUCAUCUCGCUUUAUUGACCGAGGGAGCUGGCAUACAGCUUCCAGGUCAUGUGGCCAGCAUGACUAAGCCGCUUCUGGCGAACCAGAGCAGCGCACAGAAACGCCAUUUACCUUCCUGCCGGAGUGGUACCUAUUUAUCUACAUGCACUUUGACGUGCUUUCGAACUGCUAGGUUGGCACGCUUGUUGUUGUUGUUUAGUCAUUUAGUCGUGUCCGACUCUUCGUGACCCCAUGGACCAGAGCACGCCAGGCACUCCUGUCUUCCACUGCCUCCCGCAGUUUGGUCAAACUCAUGCUGGUAGCUUCGAGAACACUAUCCAAGCGUCUCGUCCUCUGUCGUUCCCUUCUCCUUGUGCCCUCCAUCUUUCCCAACAUCAGGGUCUUUUCCAGGGAGUCUUCUCUUCUCAUGAGGUGGCCAAAGUAUUGGAGUCUCAGUUUUAGGAUCUGUCCUUCCAGUGAGCACUCAGGGAUGAUUUCCUUAAGAAUGGAUAGGUUUGAUCUUCUUGCAGUUCAUGGGACUUUCAAGAGUCUCCUCCAGCAUCAUAAUUCAAAAGCAUCAAUUCUUUGGCAAUCAGCCUUCUUUAUGGCAGGAGUAGACUUGAGUAAAUACGGUAAGAUGAACAUGCUGGUUCAGGCCAACGGCCUAUCUACUCCAGUAUCCUGUUCUUCCAGUGGCUGACGAAAUGCCUCUGGGGAAGCCCAUGAACAGGAUGUUAGUGCAACAGCAUUCUCCCUCCACUUGUGAUUCCCAGACAUUGGUCUUCAGAGGCAUAAUGUCGCUGACAGCAGAGGGGAAAUAUAGUUGACAUGGCUAAUAUCCACUGAUAGCCUUAUCCUCCAGGAGUUUGUCUAAUCCUCUUUCAUAGCCUCUUUCCACCUGACUGGGGCAGUUCUGUGCUUUGAACACACUGAAUGAAUAGCACCGUAUCCAGUUAGCCACCCUAUGUCAUGAUAGUAUUUACAAUAAAUCUCAUGUCGUUCCUCUUUCUCUCUUUUCUAGGAGACAGGGCUCUGUGCUGACUUCCAUCCCAGUGGGAAAGUGGUCACAGUCGGGUUCAGCUCUGGACGGUAACUACUUGUUCCACCCCACCCUCGCCUCAACUUUUGCACACUUGGGAAGGGCAACCCUGCUUCGUUAGUAAAGGUUGCCAAUUUCUUUUCUGGCCUUGAGAACACUUGUGUGAAAAGCAGAAAAUCAACAGGUUAAACUUCUUCCCUCUGGCCAGAAUGCAGUUAGUGGGGGAGCUUUGUCCUGUUAAAUUUCAGCUUUCUGUGCACCUGCACACCGGAAAAGAAGUGCGCCCUUUGGUGUGGUCACUGGCUGCUGAGAGAAUCUCUUGUUUUCUCCCUCCAACAGAUGGGUGGUGCUGGACACGGAGACGCAACAAGUGUUGUCGAGCUACAUAGAUGGGAACGAGCAGCUCUCAGUGGUGCGCUAUUCGCCAGGUUAGGCCAUUGCUUCCUUUUUCACCAGUCCCUAAGUUUCCACAUAGGAAACUGCCUUGUAUUGAGCCAUAUCAUUGGUCCAUCUAGCUCAGAUGCAUUUGCAUGGACUGGCAGUAGCUCUCCAGGGUUUCAGACAUCUGAAGGCAGCCCUGUUUUGGGAAGAUUUAAUGUUUGAUGUUUUGUUCCUUUACCUUUUAUUGGAAGCCGCUCAGGGUAGCUGGGGUAACCCAGUCAGAUGGAUAAGCAAUAUUAUUAUUAUUAUUAUUAUUAUUAUUAUCAGCUCUACCUGGAGAUGCCAGGGAUUCAAUCUGGGACCUUCUAUAUGUAAGGCAGAUGCCAUACCACUAAGCAAAGAUUCCUCCCCUAAAAAUGAAGGAAGAUUCCAGUCCUCAUGGUUCUAGCUGGACAGCUGAUUUAAAUAAGAACAUGGGAAGCUGUCUCAUCUCAAGUCAGAUCGCUGGGUCCAUCGAGCUUUGCAUUGUAUAUACUGACUAGCAGCAGCUCCUCAGGGUUUCAGACAGGGGAGCUUUCCCAGCCAUUGCUGGAGAUGCCAGGGAUUGAAUCUGGGGCCCAUCUGCUUGAUGCUCUGCCACAGAGCCUUCGCCCCCACCCCAGCAUUGUUUCUCUGUCCUCCCCCUGCCUCUAACUCUGCUUUUACCUUCUUUGGCAGAUGGGGAGUUCUUGGCCAUUGGCUCCCACGACAAUUUCAUUUAUAUCUACAGCGUAGAGGACAGUGGGCAUAAAUACACCCGUUUUGGCCGCUGCACGGUGAGCAUAUUAUUGAUUGGUUCGUUGGUAAGCAAAACCAGACCAGAUGCUUCCUAACCUGCACAUUUCCUCUCCCUGCACUCCAGGGACACUCCAGUUUCAUCACACAUCUGGACUGGUCCAAGGAUGGGAAAUUCAUCAUGUCCAAUUCUGGGGACUAUGAAAUCCUGUACUGUAAGUUCCAUGUCUGAGCAGGAGGGGGAAGGAAGCUACAUGUUUUCUCAAGGUGAAAACCCUGAGAUGACAACUUCUGAAUCACAAACCCCUUUAAAAAAAAUUAUUCUGCCCUGAAGUGCAUUGUGCGGUAAUUCCUUUAGCUACCAAGGUGUGGAGCUGCUGUUUUAUUUCUGCAGUAAGGUACAUUGGUUAGGGAAACAGAAAUUUGGGAGAAGUCCCUGAAGUGGUGGAGAAAUGGAAAGUCCUGAGCCUUUGGUUAAUUCUGAGACCUGAUAGUUGUCCCCAUGUGGUGAUCUGGUCUCUAUUUGCUUCCAGACCACCUGCUUAUUGAGCAUUCACUGUGAUUAGUUUGUGUGGAGCUUAGAUGACACCAUAUAUUUAAAGGACAUCCAACAUACAUUUAAAGUACAUGAGCCUCCCCCCCCCUGCACUCAAGAAUUCUGGGAACUGUUGCUCAUUAAGAGUUCUGGGAAUUGUAGUUCUGUGAAGGGGAAAACUUUAGUUCCUGGGAUUAUUUCGGGGAAGAAGGUUGAUUGCCAAAGAAUUGAUGCUUUUGAAUUAUGGUGCUGGAGGAGACUCUUGAAAGUUCCAUGGACUGCAAGAAGAUCAAACCUAUCCAUUCUGAAGGAAAUCAGCCCUGAGUGCUCACUGGAAGGACAGAUCCUGAAGCUGAGGCUCCAAUACUUUGACCACCUCAUGAGAAGAGAAUACUCCCUGGAAAAGACACUGAUGUUGGGAAAGAUGGAGGGCACAAGGGGAAGGAGACGACAGAGGACGAGAUGGUUGGACAGUGUUCUUGAAGCUACCAACAUGAGUUUGACCAAACUGCGGGAGGCAGUGGAAGACAGGAGUGCCUGGUGUGCUCUGGUCCAUGGGGUCAUGAAGAGUUGGACACGACUAAACGACAACAAUGUGCUUUAAAUGUGCAUUGUGUGUACUUUCAGUGUGUAAUGUUGAACUUCCCAAAGUGUUAUUCCACAUUUUCUAGUGCAUUUCCUCAUCCCUUAUAGCAAAAGUCUGGCUCUCUUCGGGGGGGGGGGGGAGCAGACAGGUUUGGUGCACAGGUCUAUCAUUUGACUUUAACUGUGCGACCUGAAAAUGCCAGUAUGUGCCUGAAUUGUUGUUGCCACCUGUCUGUCUCAGGAGUGCGCUUCUGAGGGUGAAGUCAUAUGGCUGCUGCAUUAGCAGCACCAGAGUGACCUCCCCAGGGUGCAAGUCUAGGCAGUGUCUAUGGAGUUCCAGGGUUGCCCAGAAGACAAUAACCCCCUCUCGGCCUGUGACUGAAUCGUACCGGAAAAUAUCAAGAUCCUAGGAGUGCCCUCUCUCUGGGCAACAGCCUGGUAUCCUCUGCAAAAUUAACCCUUACUUUUGCAUGUCGUGUUCUCAGGGGAUGUGGCUGGAGGUUGCAAGCUGCUGAGGAACCGCUUUGAGAACAAGGACCGUGAAUGGGCCUCGUAUACCUGCGUGCUGGGCUUUCAUGUUUUUGGUGAGUUUGGAGGCGAGAUAAGAAAAACAAGCCUACUCCGCUGGUUUUGUUGAGAAGCUAACCUGCUGGGUUCUAUGUGCUAACCUAGCACAUGGCGGCGGGGUGUGUGUGUAGAAAACAUAGUCAGGCCAUUGGCCCAUCUAGCUCAUUACUGUGUACUCUGACUGGCAGCAGCUGUCCUGGGUUUCAGGCAGGGAACUUCCCCAACUGUACCUGGUGAUUGAUCCUGGGACCAUCUGCAUGCUCUCUGCCACAGAGUUGCAUCCCCUCCCUGUAAGAUUCUGGCCUUGAUUUCACCUUCUUCUCCAUAGUACUCAUCACAUCUCACUUCCCCCUCUCUCUUUCCAUCUGCUCACAGGUGUGUGGCCUGACGGAUCAGAUGGCACCGACAUCAAUGCACUUUGCCGCUCCCACAACGAGCGGGUGGUGGCUGUUGCAGAUGAUUUCUGCAAGGUGCACCUCUUCCAGUACCCGUGCGCCAAGCCCAAGGUAGAAUGGAGUUGACUUGAGGUGGGGGUGGGAGAAGAGGUUGCUCGUAGGCAAGGAUUAAUUCAGCUCUGAACUGGGCUAGGCUGGGGAUAAGGGCAUGAGUUCUGUCUUCUGAUCACCAUUCUAGGCUUGGGUUGAUUUCCUUGACUUCAGAGGGUACCUGUACUUUCAAACUUAUCCCACACUGUAGGCUGGAUCCUGGUGACUCUAGGCUCUCUCAACCUAAUCCAGUCUCUUAAGGAUCAUAGGCAAGGCUGCUUUCGCCACAUUCCUGCAUCUGUGCCACUCAGCUAACCUUUAAGGGUAUUUCUCGGCCAAAAGAUGCUAGCUGUUGUUGGACUACAACUCCCAUCAUCCCUUACUAUUGCCCAUGCUGGCUAGGGCUGAUGGGAGUCGCAGUCCAACAACAAAAUCUGGAGGGCACCACAUUGGCUUUCCUGUGCUUAAACAUCCCCUUGACGAUGCCACCUUUUCAAAACGUUUACCCACCUUUUCUUCUUUUCCACAGGCACCAAGUCACGUCUAUGGCGGCCAUGGGAGCCACGUCACCAAUGUGCGUUUCACGCACAACGAUGGCCACCUUAUCUCCAUGGGGGGCAAAGACACCAGCAUCUUCCAGUGGCGAGUGGUGGGUGGCAGCCUUGCCCGCAGCCAAUCCCUCUCUUCUGCCUCGGUCUCCUCCCAGGAUGCUGGGGUCAGCACCUGAAGCCAGCGGGAGGGGAAGAAGCAAAAUCUCAUACCCCAGUAUGGUGACUAAGCCUUUGCAAGAGAGGAUGAUGGGGCUGACCUCCCAUCCCCAUGACUCGUUCUUGUGGACUGAGUGCUCAGGUUGAUGGAUCCGUGGGAAGGCGGGAGUCUCUUCUCCCUGCCAACUUAAAUUUCCUUUGGCUAACAAUGUGAUUUGCUUUAUUAACAUAAGGGUGGGAUCAGCCAGGAUACCUAGCAGUCCUAGGCUCAGGAGAACUGGCACCGUGAAGGAAAAUGUCUAGCCUGUUGUGUGUGAGAAGGCAGAGAGAUCUGUUCCUUGUCUCUCAGACAGGAGUUUUUGGAGAGAAGGACUACUUGUGAGUGGCGAGGGGACAGGGGUGUAGAUUUGGGGAACUCUCUGGAGAAUGUUCCCUUUGAACCUCAGUGAUGUUUCCCUUUCAAGCCUGAAAGAUGCUGAAUUCUGUUAAGUCCAGAGAAGAUGGGUAAAUGUCUCUAUCCACACACCCCUCCCCUUACUGCCAUCCUUCCGUACUUCGUUUACAUUCCUAGUGAUUCUGGCAGGGGCUGGAUCUGAUGUGUAAAUAGCAAGCGCAAAGAAGGGCCUUAACACUGUGAGAAACGCAGAGAAAUAAACCUUUGCAUCCAGA